AUGGCCCGAGGGUUCGGAGGACGUGGCGGUGGUGACCGCGGAGGUGGUGGUCGCGGUUUCGGUGGCCCACGCGGCGGUGGCUUCGGCGGUGGACGCGGCAGCGGCUUCGGCGGUGGACGCGGCGGCGGCUUCGGCGGUGGUCGCGGCGGCGGCCGCGGUGGUCACAUGUCUGAGUCAGACCCGCCGGAGAACGUGGAGGAGGUGGGUACGUUCAUGAGCGCUGCGGAGGGCGAACUAGUUUACAAGGUCACAGUGCACGGUCAGGUGCCCCGCUUCAACGCCUUCGUUUACACCGAGAACAAAGCGAAGAUCGGCAAAAUUGAGGAAAUUCUCGGCAACACAACGGAUGUCAUGUUUUCCGUGAAACCAUCUCCCGGCGUGCAGGCAGCGUCACUCAGCGAGGGCGAUAAGGCGUAUAUUUCCACUCUCCAGUUCACACCACUCCGUGCCUUCACCGACCCGCCAAAGCCACGCGGUCGUGGUGGUCGUGGCGCUGGCCGUGGUGGCGGACGCGGCGGCGACCGUGGUGGUCGUGGCGGGUUCGGCAAUGCUCGCGGCGGCUUUGGCGGUCGCGGCGGCGCUGGUGGUGGUCGGGGAAGCUUCGGAGGCGGCGGCCGUGGCAACUUUGGUGGUGGUAGUCGCGGCCGUGGUUUCGAUGGUCGAGGCCGCGGGUACUAG